UUAUCAAAGUGCACGUCAACAGAUAUUUUGAUACAUGCAUAGCUGGGGGUGUUGAAAUUCUAGGUCUCCAUGCGACUGUUGCUCCAAGACGACAACAACAAUCUCCACCAACUUUAGAAUCAUUUCAGUUUGUGCCAUACAUCAAAGAAACCACAGAAGAUUCAAAAAUGUCUCAGUAUCUCAAACAUUGUCAAACUUAUGUUGAUUCCACCCUGAAGAAAAUAUUAGAAAGCCCCAUGAAAGAGCUUUUACCAAAUAGAGACCUUAUUGAGAAAUAUGUCAUAAAUGGUCACAAUGAAACUUUGGAGACCAGCAUCAUAACUGACUUGCUAGAAAAUGAGAACUACACUCUCCUCAAGGGUUUACAUGAAACAAUGAAUGGGAUGCUACAUGAAGAAAAAUACCAAACUGGACAAGCAAAGGAUAUGAUAAAGCUGACUAUUGAAUCUCGAAACGCAAUUUCCAGAGACCCUUUAAUGUGCAAUCUUCUCCAAGACAACAAUCUCAAACCUGCCCUAGAUAUUAUGCUUGAAAACACACUCACAAGGAAUCUCAAAGUCAGUGAAAUAGGCAAUAAUCAAAACGGUGCAAUAUUCAAUGAUGUAUUAGGGCUGUUGAAGUCCCAACCUAUGGUUAAAGUUGACUAUACUCUCUCUGUUGAAUCUAACGAUGAAACAGACCAGGAUGAGCAAGAUGUGAAUGUUCUUGAAUGGAAUCUUACCCAAAAAGUGCCAAAUGACCUCAAGAAGUCAGAUUUGGUUGUCCUCAAUCAUAUGCUGUUGAAAGAUGAAUUGACUAACAUUGAGGUUUUUGAAAAAGCAUCUGACAUGGUAAAAGAGGAUGGAUUUGUCCUUGUACAUGAAUACACUGACAACCAAAGUAUUCCAUUCAUUGUGAAGUGUUUAACCGAUGAUGUACCCGCAGAUUACUCACCCAAUAUUCAAGGAUGUCAAACAUUGGAGAAACAAAUGAAAGACUGUGGGUUUGAGAUUAUUUAUCGCAGAACAGAUCGUCUGCUUUCUUCCAUUUAUCUCUGCAGGAAACAAACAAAAGAUGAAAAAUCAGAUUUCCAAAUUAUCAAAUUGAAUGAAAUGGAACCGAAAUGGGUGGACCAAUUAAAAGAUGGUCUGAAAACUGCCCAAGAGAAGUCGUCUGUGUAUCGAUGCUGGCUCCUGAGUGAAGCACCUUCCAGUGGGUUGGUUGGAAUGGUUAACUGUUUACGCCAAGAACCAGGAGGGGGAAAAAUCAGGUGUAUAUUCAACGCUACACCAGGAUGCAGUCUGAGCAUUGACGCAAACUCAGCACAAUUCCAAGAUCUUCAAAGAAAAGAUUUGGCAAUGAAUAUCUUGAAGGAUGGCAUUUGGGGCUCAUAUAGACAUCUGACCUUCGAAUCAGGUUUGCAGAGUGAUAGAGUUGUUGAAACCGAACAUGCAUUCGUCAAUGUUCUUACCAAGGGAGAUUUAUCCAGCUUGCGGUGGAUAGAAUCCCCACUUAAAUAUUUCAAGCCUCAUUCUGAAAAUGAGGCUGAGAAAGCCCUCUGUAACGUAUACUAUGCAUCAUUGAACUUCCGGGACAUCAUGCUUGCAACAGGCAAACUUCCACCUGAUGCUAUACCUGGUCAUAUGGCUCUACAGGAUUGCAUACUUGGAAUGGAAUUCUCCGGUCGUCAACCUGAUGGUAAAAGGAUUAUGGGAUUGUUACCAGCUAAGGGCCUGGCUACAACUGUAGAUGUUGACCCUAGAUUUUUAUGGUCUAUUCCUGAGGCCUGGAGCAUGCAACAGGCUGCAAGUGUACCAGUGGUCUAUGCAACAGCCUACUAUGCUCUGGUUGUCCGGGCCAGAAUACAGAAGGGAAACACAGUCCUCAUACAUUCAGGAAGUGGAGGUGUUGGUCAAGCAGCCAUAUCUAUAGCACUGAGCCGUGGUUGUCGUGUACUGACGACAGUUGGCACACAAGAGAAGCGUGAAUACCUCAAACAGAGAUUUCCCCAGCUGUGUGAUGCUGACUUCAGCACAUCCAGAGACCCCAAGUUUGAAUUUGAUGUCCUCAAGGCCACCAAAGGAAGGGGUUGUGAUGUGAUUCUGAAUUCACUGGCUGAAGAAAAGCUCCAAGCAAGUCUCAGAUGUCUGGCCCAACAUGGAAGGUUCUUAGAAAUUGGAAAGUUUGACCUCUCCAACAAUACCGCCUUGGGUAUGGCCAUGUUCCUUAAGAAUGUCAGUUUCCAUGGAAUCCUAUUGGACGCUUUGUUUGACGAGGGGAACAGUGAUUGGCAGACAGUUUACGACCUUGUUGCAACUGGCCUGAAGAAUGGUGAAGUCCAGCCUUUGAAUACUACCAUAUUUGGGCAUGAUGAAAUAGAAGGUGCAUUUAGAUUCAUGGCCCAGGGCAAACACAUCGGAAAGGUCCUUGUGAAGGUACAAGAGGAAGAGUCCAACCAGACUUGUACCGCCACUCCACAUAGACUGAAGGCAAUAUCUCGCACUUACUGCCAUCCAGACAAGGUCUAUAUCAUCACUGGGGGCUUGGGGGGCUUUGGACUGGAGCUGGCUAAUUGGCUCAUUGAGAGAGGAGCAGUUAAUAUCAUCCUUACUUCCAGAUCAGGCAUUCGUACAGGGUACCAACAUCAACGGGUAAACACAUGGAGACAAAAUGGCAUUCGUGUUACCAUAGCAACCAAUAACAUAGCAACAGAGGAAGGAGCCCAGCAACUACUGAAAGAUGGUAUGAAAAUUGGGCCUGUUGGAGGAUUGUUCAACUUAGCCAUGGUAUUGCGUGAUGGAAUACUAGACAAUCUAACAGCUGAAGAUUUUGAAAAAGUGUUUGAGCCAAAAGUGAAAGGAACCCUGAACCUUGACAUUGCAUCACGUGAACUCUGCAAGGACUCCCUUGAUUGGUUCGUUGCAUUCAGUUCUGUUAGUUGUGGGCGUGGCAAUGCAGGACAGAGUAAUUAUGGUUUCGCAAAUUCUGUCAUGGAGCGAAUAUGUGAGCAAAGAAAACAGUGCGGCCUACCAGGUUUGGCUGUACAAUGGGGAGCAAUAGGUGAUGUAGGAAUUGUCUUGGAAGCAAUGGGUAACAAUGACACUGCUGUAGGUGGUACCUUGCCUCAGCGUAUCCACUCAUGUCUGGGCACACUUGACAUGUUCCUGAACCAGUUUCAACCAGUUGUAUCCAGUUUUGUCCUAGCCCAACAAAAGUCAGGAGGAAAAUCAACCUCUGAAGGAAAGACUGCUCUGGUUGAUACCAUUGCAAACAUUCUAGGUGUCAAAGAUGCCUCAAGUGUCAAUCCAGACACAACCUUAGCUGACCUUGGCCUAGAUUCUCUGAUGGGAGUCGAAGUGAAACAGACUCUUGAACGUGACCAUGAACUUGUUCUACCAAUGCCACAAAUACGUCUACUCACUGUAAAUAAACUCAAAGAAAUAGCUGAAGGCAAAACAGUUAAUGGUGAAGCAACAGAGUCGAGUAGUUCAAAGAAGGACACUACCCAUGCCUAUGUAAAUAGGUACAACCUCGAUGAACUCAUGCCAAAAGAGACAAUUAUCCAGAUGCAUUCUGGGAAUAGUGAACUUCCUCCCCUGUUCUUUGUUCACCCAAUAGAAGGUGUUUGCAAAAGCUUGGAAACAUUGGCUUCUGGGUUGGAACCUUCUGUUUAUGGACUCCAGUGUACCCAGGAUGCCCCUCUAGAAACCGUAGCUUCUUUAGCAGAUUUCUACAUUCAGAAAAUAAGAACAAUCAAGCCAACAGGACCAUACAAGAUCUCAGGGUACUCAUUCGGCGCUUGUGUGGCAUUUGAAAUGGCAUUAAAACUUCAGGCAUCAUCAGAACUAGAUACUUUGCAUCUACUCGAUGGUUCUCACAGUUUUGUGUCUUCCCGGACUCAACUUCAUAAAGCGGCACGUGUUGAGGUUGGGAAUGAGGCUCAGACAGAAUCUGAGGCAUUGGUCACGUUUAUUAUGCAGUUCAUGGAUGUCGAUUAUACAAAGUUAUUGAGCAGUUUAAUAUCAGAGAAAGACUUCCAAGCACGUGUAAACAGUGUGACUGACAACCUGUUGACUUCAAAGACUUUCUCUAACAAAGAGGACCUACAGAUUGCUGCAACAUCAUUUUACCACAAACUCGUAAUUGCUGAUAAGUACAUUCCUGGCGAAAGCUUUUCCGGGGAUGUCACCCUUAUUAAAGCUGAAAGUGGAACUGAAAAUCUUGAGAAUGACUAUGGGCUCUCAAAGGUUUGUACAGGAAAGAUAACUGUCUACACAGUACCAGGGGACCAUGAGACAUUUAUACACAAACCAAAUGUUGACAAAGUCAUCUCACAUCUCAAAUGAAGAAACUGAAGUGAACUAUUAAUAAUAUAUACAGUAGUCUUAGUGGAUACUGUUUUCUUUGGUCUGAGGUGUUCACUAUCUAUGUGUUCUAUAUAGGAUCUCUAAGUGUAGAAUUUCUCCGGUAGGUACAAUAUACAGUACUACUACUAGUUGGUAAUACUGUAGUAGCAGUUUCAGUGUUAAGUUCCGGACAUCCCACCUCAAGCAGAUGAUAUUAUUGCCAAAAAGGACAUACAGCAUAUAGGAACGAAUAGUUCCCCUGAACUCAACACCAUACAGUGUAUCAAUUAGAUCUUCAAACAAUACUGCCAUUGCAAACUCGGCAGAUAUACUCUCGCUUUAAUCUGAGUAAACACUUGCUGGUUAUUGUGCAAUAACUAAAAGAAUUUGUGGAACUAAAUCAUGUAUACAGGACUUCAGUAUUGUCUCAGAUAGAUAUUACAAUGUAGUUUUGGUUGAAGCAGCUGAUAUUUAUUGUACAUCCCAAAGAUGGUUUGAAAUUAUUUCAUAACAAGUGGCCAGAAUUUAUUGAGGCUAUGCAUAUGUAAAGACUAAAUGGUCUGGGAUGGUUUGGAUUUUUUUUUAUCUAUUGCAACUUAUUAAAUAUUUUAUCAUUCCAAUUCAUGGACAAGCACCUCCGGAAUGUAGUUUUGUGCAAUUAGGCAUGUACUUAUAUUCAUUUUUUGUGAUAUUGUUUUUAGUAUCCCACUUGUUUGCUAUCAUUGUUUUACAACUCUUACAUAUUUAAUAUAUGUACAUGUAUAUUAUGAACUUUUUGAGAGAAAUGUGAUAUUAUGUUUAUAUUUACCUUUUUUAUUGAGAAAUUGUUUUGUCCUGUUGAUAUUAAUACAUGUAUUUCCUCAAUCUCAGAAGUUGAACUUUUAAUUUUUUACUUCAAUGGUUAUAUUUUGAAAUAUAUCCUCCAUGUAUUUGUAUUUUUCUUUGGCAUAUCUGUCAGACAAAAUAUCUAUAACAUUAUAAUGGGAAGAAAUGCACAGCAAAAUAUCUUUUUUUACUAUAUAUUUAUUUAUUUCAAAAUGAUAACUUGAUUGUACAAGCAUUAAUAUGCAAAAGUCAAGUAGACUUUAAAGCUGCAAAAAUAAUAUAGUCAAAUAAAAAUGAAAGUUGCUAAAUUGAAGAAGUUCAUUUAAUAAGCACAUUAUUCUAAGGAAAAUGGCCUUUAAAAUACCAUUACAAAAACUCAUAUAAAAACAUAUUUUCACGAUUGUUUGUUGCAUACAUGUAAUGACCAAUAACAGAUCAACCAUAUUACACGUCUUGGUUACAAUAACCAUACAACUAAUUAUUUAGGGUAUGGAUAUUCAUUCCAUUUCAUGAAUAGACAUGAAUGUUGAAUAAAUUGAAUAUUCUUAAUAACAAUAAUAAAAUUAAAUGAUUGUAUUUUAAUCUUAUUUUGAUGUCACAGCUUAUACAUGUUAUAGUGAUGUCAUAACUUCAGAGAUAUAUUUUGAAUAAUAAAUAAUGAUUAAUUGAAA